GGUCACUUCCUCUUGUUUACUUUGCUCUAUAAAUAUGUGUCCUUCUCUGGUUGUUGUUUCAUUUGCUGUGUGAACCUGACAAGAACAUCAUGGAGUGUGAACCAUGGAUGAAUCUAUUCCUGCUUGCCAUACUGUGUCCUCUUAUAACUGGUGCUCCGUCCUCUAUUUCGUGCCCCGAUGAGAAUCUCAGUAUUAGUGGAGGGAGUUUUUCUUUCUCAAAAGAUGGGAGCAUUGUAAGAUACAACUGUUCAGAAGGCUAUUACCCAGCCAUCAGGAUUCGUCACUGUAUCAGAGGAAAAUGGAACCCGUUGCCCAAAAGAAAACAACCAGAGUGCAAGAAAAUCACAUGUCCUGAUCCUCGUGGUUUCAAAAAUGGAGAGGUGUAUCCAUAUCAGAGGCAGUAUUUUGUGAACGACACAACCCACUACUCGUGUAAUUCUGGCUACGAUUUCCGUGGCUCGGGGACUCGAGUUUGCCAGGCGAAUGGGAAAUGGAGUGGAGGCACACCAGUCUGUGGAAGAAACUCUGAUCACUGUCCUGAUCCUGGGAUUCCCGCUGGCUCUACAAGAACAGGCCACAUGUUUAAUAUAGAUGACAAAGUCACGUACCGCUGUGAAAAUAAAUUGACUCUGAUUGGUUCCAAGGAGCGAGUCUGUCAGGAGAAUGGCCAGUGGUCAGGAACAGAGCCACAAUGUUACGCUGAUUUCACAUACGACAGCCCAGAGGAAGCAUCAGAGGGUUUCAGCAGUUCUCUAAAGUCAAAUCUAGCAGUUUCUCAACAGUAUGAAGGAACAGAUCAGUACGGAAAAAGAAUACGAGUGGGUAAUGGGGGGAAGCUUGAUAUCUACAUUGCUCUGGAUGUAUCUGACAGCAUAGACGAAGAGGACUUUGAAAAGGCAAAAGGUGUCAUCAAAACACUUAUAGAAAAGAUCAGUUAUUACGAAGUCUCCCCAAACUAUGAGAUCCUGAUUUUUGCCACAGAUGUUGCACGGAUAGUCUCCAUGAGGGACUUCAAAAGCGGGCAAAAAAACAAUCUGUUAGAAAUUCUUAAAAGACUGAAGGAUUAUGAAUAUAACAGUAAAGGUGAUAGAACAGGAACUAAUAUCGCCCAGGCCUAUAAGAGCAUUUUAGAAAGUAUGCAAAUAGAGCAGAUGAGGAAUAAAGAGGAAUUCAAGAAGACCCAACAUAUCGUCAUCAUGUUCUCUGAUGGUCAGGCCAACAUGGGUGGUAAUCCAAGAAAAUGGGUGGACCAGAUCAAAGAUCUUGUAAAACAAAACACUCCUUCAGAGGAGGAGGAAAACCUUGACCUGUAUGUGUUUGGAAUGGGAGAUGAUGUGAACUCUGAGGACAUUAAUGAUUUGAAGACUGACAGGGGCAACGAGAAGUUUUUCUUCAAGCUUAAGAACUUGGAUGAUUUGCAGGAGACAUUUGACGGCAUGAUUGAUGAGGGCACCAGUGUAACAUUAUGUGGACUUUACAGAGAUUACGAUGAUGGCACUGAUUCUCACAAACGUCAUCAAUACCCCUGGUUGGCAAAGAUCAGUGUGACUCGCAACAGUGGACAGAUUUCAAAUUGUGUGGGGUCAUUAGUCACCUCAAGCUUUAUCUUGACAGCGGCUCACUGCUUCAGGUUUGGUGAUACACCUGAUAGGAUAACUGUUGAUUUGGGUUCAGAUAUUAAAGGAAUAAAAGUGAAAGAUUACAUACCUCAUCCUAGCUAUGACGUUGCAGCAAAACAGAACAUGGGAAUACCUGAAUAUUAUGAAUUUGACGUGGCUCUUAUUCAGCUGGAGAACCCUGUAAUUAUGGAUCUUGCUCUUCGGCCAAUCUGCAUUCCCUGCACCAAGGAAACAAGUGGAGCUCUGAGACUUUCAGAUAGAGAAGGAACAUGCAGAAAACAUCGUGAGUUACAAACAGAUACACUCAAGCUCACAGAUGAGGAUCUGAAACACUCAUCUGAGAAUCAGUCGUAUGACCACAAACGACUCUCAUGA